GGGCGGGGGGGAGAGGCGGGGCGCGUGGAGGCUCCUCCCCCUCCCCGUGGGCGGAGCCGGGUCGAUCCGACAAGAUGGCGGCGGCGCUGAGGGCGGGGGAGAGGUUGCGGUUGGUGGCGGGAGCGCCGAGGCUCGCUUUUACUCGUUCUGCAUUUGUUGCAAAAAGACGUAAUUAUGACCAACCGAACUGGUUUGGAGUUGGCUUGGCUUUUAGCACCACUGCUGCCUUGUGGGCUCUUCUUUUCAAGCAGCAUAAUGAAGACGUAAUGGAAUACGAAAGAAGAAAACAAGAGAAACAACAUAAGUGUACAGGAUGUUCAUAG